UGUAUGUGCGAUGCCAUUCAUCGGUGGGGGGAUGGGAAAUGACCCCCUAAUAAGACGCGCUUCCAUUGGUCGAACGGAAAAUUCGAACCGAGAAGGCGGGCUGGGAUUGGUUGUCGCGGCUGCUCGGUAUGCUUUGAGUGUUCUCUCCUAAAGGGGCUUUAUUGUUCCUCUGUGUUUGAGUCGAAUUUGGGUUUUUAAGCUCCGGAAUCCACCUUCUAAACGUCAAAACGAUAAAAUGGCCGGAGGCAAGGCAGGAAAGGACAGCGGCAAAGCCAAGGCGAAAGCAGUGUCUCGCUCACAGAGGGCUGGACUUCAGUUCCCUGUGGGUCGUAUCCAUAGGCACUUGAAGACCCGUACUACCAGCCAUGGACGUGUGGGGGCUACAGCAGCAGUGUACAGUGCUGCCAUCCUUGAAUACCUGACAGCUGAGGUGCUGGAGUUGGCAGGCAAUGCUUCCAAAGAUCUGAAGGUGAAGCGUAUCACUCCACGCCAUUUACAGCUGGCCAUCCGUGGAGAUGAGGAGUUGGACUCCCUCAUCAAGGCUACCAUCGCUGGUGGUGGUGUGAUCCCUCACAUCCACAAGUCUCUGAUUGGCAAGAAGGGCCAGCAGAAGACUGCAUAAUCACCAUCGUCUUUGCCGUGGUGACCUGGACUCAAGGACUCACGUUUGGACUGUGACCAGAUCAGCUUACUUUCAUUUAUUCAUCCGUUUUUAUUAUUAUUUUUUGUUUUGUUUCUUUUACUUUUGUUUCUUUUUAUAAAUUAAUGUUAAUGUUGUACUAGCUAACCACACGUGAUUUGUUAGGUUGUUAUUGUUACCUCCAAAAUUAGUUUCAAAGAAUUAUUCUACCGCCCCUCAAAGCUAUUUUAGAGAGACAUGCAGGAGUUGUGAUCGUCCUGUUGUGAAAGUGAAUUCAUUUGUUUGAUUGGCCAGAGUUAUGGAAGUGUUUUAUACUGAAAAAUGGAACUGAUAAAAGUUUUUUACAAAAACAAA